AGAAAAGACCGAAUUCUUGUAUCGCGCCUUGGCUUUGGAUAAUCCGUUUCUGAGAUAAGACGAGCAUCAUGGAUGACUUACAGAAUUACAAGCUGCAGCUUCAGCAGGUGGAAGCGGCUCUCACGACAGAUCCGAAUAAUGAAGAGUUGAUAAAGCUGAAAUUCGAUCUGAAGGAAGUAAUAAAGCUGACACAUGAUUUAAUUAAGUCACAACAACAGGAAAAAAGACAAGCCAAUGGCAUGGAUGCUAAAGAUCCUAUUUUGCUUGCAGUUCUGGCCAAUAAGUGGAAAGUCGGCGAUCAGUGUAUGGCACCUUGGAGCGAGGAUAGCAAGUAUUACGAAGCAACUAUAGAUGCGAUAAGUGAAGAUGGAAUAGUAAAUGUGACGUUCAAUGAGUACAAGAACACUGAUGUUACUAUGCUCAGUCAGCUAAAGUCUGUUGCUAAGAGGCCAGCAUCAGAUUGGGCAGAUCAAAAAUCAAAGAAAAUGCAAGCAGCUGCAGUUGCAGGUUCGGAUCCAAAUAAGCAAAGGGAAUACCUUAAGAAAAAGAAGCAGAGGAAAUUACAGCGAUUCAAAGAACUGGAGGAGGAACGGGAAUUGGAAAAGAACAAGUGGCUAGCAUUUACUAACAAGUCUUCAAAGAAAGGUGUUAUAAAGAAGAGCAUUUUUGCGACACCGGAGAACGUAAAUGGUCGUGUGGGAAUUGGUACCUGUGGUGUUAGCGGUCGAGAAAUGACCAAGUUCAGUAAUGGAGAGAAGUGGAGGCGAGGAGCUUAAAUAAAUUAUAUGUAAAUAGAUAUACUAUAAUUUGUGAUGGAAAAGAUAGAGUUAUCGUGAAAUUAUCAUUAUAUUUUAAAGACUGGUUCACGAACGCUUCUGCGACACAUGAGUGAACGAUAUGGCAAUGUUUAUGGGGUUAGCAACAGUGAAGUGCGUCUAAUAUCUUGUCUUAGUAACACUGAUCCUAUUGAGUAUCAAGACAAUUUCGAAUUUUUUACUAUAAUACAAUUCAAAAGUAACUGCAGCGAAUAAAUGUGUUUUUAGAUUAAUACAUUUCCGUAAGCAUAACUUGUUUACAAUUUUAUUGAAUAUAAAUAAAUGUAUAUUUUAA